AAAUCAAAACAACAACAACAGCAAAGUCAUUGUAGAAAAUAUGGAAAAACUUGAAGACAAUAUAAAAGGAACAAAACAUUAUUUGUCAUCUCACCACCUGAAGAGUGCUACUUCCUAGGCACACCUAUGAGCCUGGCGAUCGGGUGCUAAUUAAGAGCUGGAAAGAAGAGCCCCUCCGAGAAAAGUGGGCUGGGCCUUAUGUCAUAGUCAUGACCUCACCAUGCGCCUUAAAGGUUGCAGGUUACAUGUCAUGGAUCCAUCACACACGCGUGAAAAGAUGGACUGCUGAGCCCUCGCCAGCUCCGUCACCUCCCAGCGCCUGCGUACCCCAGCGUUCUGAAUGGCUUAAGAAAAAGGCAGAUCCCGCUCAGCCGUGGCAGUGAACCAGCUAGUUUGGACGGUGCUGAUUCUUUCCGCAGCUGCAAUGGAAAAGACAGCGAGGGCCUCCGGCCCGGCAGGCAGAGGAGAGCACCUCUGCAACUACACCCUUGAGCGCCCCCGAAUGGACUCUACUGGACUUAGUCAGACUGUACUUAGUUCCCUACACCUCCCCUGUGCCCAACAAACUGUGGUGUUUGUGGUUCUGGUGUGCAAACUGUGGAACCCGCACUUCUGGAAGGGAAAAGCCGACCCAGCCAAAUUUCCCUUCCCUGCUUGUGAGGUACAGAAGCAAGGAAUUGGCCAGUAUGUGCAUUUCUCUGAUGACACUAACCCUGAUUUAACCCUAGUCAAGGCUGGAAUGUACAUAUGUCCAAAGGUGACGCGGGUGAUUGUGGUAAGGAGAGGGAGGCGUAUUGCCCGUGCCGAGGUUGUGAGACUAUCGGCCUCUGGGGGGGAGCCUUCGAUACUCCCGGGCAUGGGACCAUAGGAGACUCUUGGAUACAAAGUGAUGAAUACAUUCAGGUGUACAGGGAAAAUCAGGCUGGGUGCCACACUGGAUACUCAGAGGGGUUUUGCUUACAAGUCUGGAUAGUCUUAAAAAACAUUGAUGAACCAGUGCGGUCCACUGGGCUCACUUGGGGUGCACGUAUGCUUCUUAAUCGGGUCUCUGGGUAUGACCCAGGCAUAAUUUUCAAAAUCACCUGGGUGGAGGUGACCCCUCGGAGACCUGUGGCCCCGUUUCCAGCGUUGUCCUGGGAGCUACACCGGGUCCGAGACACUAGUCCCAUAAUUAUCCCAGGAGAAAAACCCCCAAGACACCCCCCGGUCCCAGAAACCCAGAAAACUGAACCCACAAUACAGCAGGCUCAAAGGGCUGACCCAGCAGGUAUGGGUGUGCUGGGUGCCAAGUCAGAGAUUUAUCAAGUACUUAGUGAAACCCAUCACCUGUUGAACCUGUCCAACUCUGAAUUAGUUAAAACCUGUUGGCUGUGUGUUCGGUCUACCCCACCAUUUUAUGAGGCGGUGGCCGCCCCAAACUCUGUGACACCCAGUUCACCCAUGUGCUCCACAGAGGAGGAGGAACCUCUGUCCCUCUCACUGGUAGAGACAGUGUAUGGGAGAGGUUUCUGUGUUGGGCAGGGGAAAAACCCAGUCCUCUGCAGUUGCUCCGUUCCACAAAACCUCACUUACCGAGCCCCUCAGAGGCUAUGGUUUUUCUGCACAAAUGGGCUGUUCAAAUGUUUAGAUCACAAACAAAGGCUGACAGGAGCCGGGCCCUGCUUGUUAACUAUGCUAAUUCCCUGGGUGCAGAUUAUACGAGGGAACCUACAGGACUGCUUUCUGUUCUCAGAGGUAAUUACCCAAGAAGGAAGGGGUCGUGCCAGAAGAGCAACUCCUGUUUUGGUGCCCAUUUUGGCUGGAGUGACCAUAGCUGGGAGUCUGGCCACUGGGAUAGGAGCCCUGGCACAUUCAGAGAGAGGCCUACAGAGACUCUAUGGGAUAACCAGCAACAUAGAGCGCAAUGUAGUUCGGGUCCAAAGUGUGGUGAAACAGUUACACAGUCAGAUAAACUCCCUAGCAGAGGUAGUGCUGCAAAAUAGAAGGGGGUUUAACUUACUGUUUCUAGAACAAGGAGGGCUUUGUGCAGCCCUUGGUGAAGAGUGCUGUUUUUAUGCCAAUAACUCAGGAGUUAUCAUGGAGACCCUAGAUAAGUUAGACCAUGAGGCAGAAGAAAGAAGAAGAUUAUAUUAUGAGUAUGAGGGCCCCAGAUGGUAUGAUUCCUUGUUUGAUUGGAGCCCAAAAUUAACCUCCCUCAUCGCAGGGGUUACAGGACCAAUAAUUACCUUACUAGUCAUGCUCACAGCAGGGCCCUGUCUGCUAAAUUGGAUAAAUUCUCGGAUACAAAGCACUGUAAAGCAAGCCAAAAUAAUGAUACUAAGGGAAAACUCAGCCAUUUAUCAAGUAGAGCCCAGCCCACCAGCGUAUGACACACUUUGUAUUUCUUAGAAAGAAAAAUAUGUCAUAGAGGAGGGAAUGUAGGGGGCAAUGAAUCUUAGCAUACUAUUUUAG